AAAAUUGUAUAUUCUUGACUGCCUGCACAUAGUACGUUGUGUGACAUCUCUACCACCUUCAGCCAUCGUUCCACCAUCAAGUUGAUAUCAUGACCAAGCCGAUCACCGUUUGGUUGACCCCCCCUGGACCGAACUCUUGGAAGGUCAUUACUAUUCUGGAGGAACUCCAGGUUCCAUACGUUAUCCAUUCUUUCAAGUUCGAAGACGUGAAAAAACCCCCCUUCAUCGAAAUCAACCCCAACGGUCGGGUCCCGGCAAUCGUCGACCCCAACACUAAUCUGACGCUGUGGGAGUCUGGCGCGAUCAUUCAGUACCUGGAGGAAUUGUACGACACUGACAAGAAGCUCACGUAUGACUCGGUUAAUGAGAAACAUCUUCUCAACCAGUAUCUCCACUUUCAGAUGAGUGGACAGGGCCCGUACUUCGGACAGUGCGGAUGGUUCAAUGUGCUACACCUUGAAAAAGUUCCGUCCGCCAUUGAUCGCUACGUCAAAGAGGUUCAUCGUGUGUUGGGAGUGUUGAACACUGUCCUUGAAGGCAGGGAAUGGCUUGUUGGAAACAAAUGUACUUUUGCAGACCUAGCAUUUCUCCCUUGGAACACUCGCCUUGGCAUGGCCCUGCUUACCCCGUCGGGCGAAGACCCCUUGGCGCCGUAUCCGAAUGUGCAGGCGUGGCAGAAGCGCAUGGAAAGCAGGCCUUCAUGGCAAAAGGCCUUGGAGAUUCGGUCGAAGCUGAUGGAUGAGCAGGGUCUGCAGCAAAGUGGCAUGCCGAAGGGUAUGAACACCGUGGAAGAGUACCAGCAGUACGUAGCCAAGGCCAGUGAGUAGAAGCAGUGCACAUUUGUGCUCUAGCAUGGCAUCGUCGAAAUUGGUGGCCAAUCCUAUCUUCUAUUUUCUUAGCUAAAACCAUAGUACUUAAUUACCAAUAAGAGCC